UUAUUAUACGAUCAAUCUACUCAAUAUUUGACCUUUUAUCAUUCAACAAAAUAUAAUAUAUCCACAUGGUGUGGCGCGAUGAUUUUGAGUCAGACCAGUCUUCUAAGUUGUAAGCCCAAAACUGAGAUAUUUUUUCCUUACUCGGAGAUACGUACCUUAUUUCGAUAAACGUCAGUGUAAAGUUAAGCCGUGUACCCUUUUUUCUCUUCACUUCUUGCAUCCACUGCCCUUGCAGUCACGUCUUCCGUCUCGCUCUGUCACGCCUCUCUUCUCUCCGAUUCAAUCCAGCGAAUGAACAUCGACGUUACGCCGUAGAAGAACCCCAAAAUCUGUACUAAAACCCAACGCCCGAUCGUAUCAAUGAUUGAACCAUACAAUAAGUUGGUUAAACUAGCUGCGAGGGCUUUCUAUGACGAUCUUACAAGCAAAGGAGAUAACCAGCCCAAAACGGGAAGGAGUGAUAACAGAGGAAUUGCCGUAGUGGUUCUUGACGCGCUCACCAGACGACAAUGGGUUAGAGAAGAAGACUUGGCAAAGGACCUCAAAUUGCAUACAAAGCAACUUCGUCGAACUCUGCGGUUUUUUGAAGAAGAAAAGAUUAUCACUCGGGAUCAUAGGAGAGAGACAGCAAAGGGUGCAAAAAUAUAUAGCGCUGCUGUAGCUGCUACAGCUGAUAUACAUACAGGAAAGGAGGGAGAAGAGAAGGUCAAGCUACACACACACUCUUACUGUUGUCUAGAUUAUGCACAGAUAUAUGAUGUGGUUAGGUACAGACUGCAUCGCAUGAAGCAUAAGCUGAAAGAUGAAUUGGAGAACAAAAACACCGUUCAGGAAUAUAUAUGUCCAAACUGUGGAAAAAGAUACAAUGCUUUGGAUGCACUGCGAUUAAUAUCUUUUGAAGACGAGGACUUCCAUUGUGAACGUUGUAAUGGAAAAUUAGAGAUUGAAAGUGAUAAGUUAGCUGCCCAAGAAGGAGGAGAUGGAGAUGAUAAUGCAAGACGGCGAAGACGUGAAAAGUUAAAGGACAUGCUUCAGAAGAUGGAGAUACAACUCAAGCCUUUAAUAGACCAAAUUAGUCGGGUAAAAGACUUGCCUGUUCCAGAAUUUGGCAGUCUUCAGGCAUGGGAAGCUCGAGCUAGUGCCGCUGGGCGUGCAGCUAAUGGAGAUAUCAAUGGCGGUGAUUCUAAAAUGUCUCAGAUGGGAUAUAAUGGAGCACCAAUGCCAUACAGUGGAGAUACCAAGGUGGUAGUUGACUUCAAUGGUACUGAUGUCAAAGGAGAGGGUGUUAAAUCUGAAACUGAAAGUACAUCUUUAAAGGUUUUGCCUCCAUGGAUGAUUACAUCCGGGAUGAAUCUUACGAAGGAACAACGUGGAGAGGGGAAACAGGAAACAAAAAUGGAUGGGACUUCUACUUCCAAAGCAGCACCAUACACAGACGAGAAAAAGUCAACAAUUGGGCCUGAUAAUGAUACAAAUAUACAGGAUGAAUAUAUUAAGGCUUAUUAUGCUGCUUUACUUAAGAAACAACAUGAAUUGGAUGAAGCUGCAAAAAAUACACAAGAUAUGAACACAACAGAUGAUCCUUCUAGCAGUACUUCCAAACGCCAAGUUGGUAUCAAAUCAAAACGCGAGGAAGAUGAUGAUGAUGAUGAUGGUACUGAGUGGGAAGAGACUCCUGUUAAAGGUAAUGCAAAUGGAAGUUACAAGGUGGAUUUGAAUGUUGAAGCUGAUGCUCCAGCAGAAGAUGAAGAGGACGAGGACGAUGUCGACUGGGAGGAAGGUUGAUGAAAAAAAUCAUAAAGUUCAUUUGUGAAUGUAAUGGCUCAUUCUACUCUGCAAGGGAAAGUGUUAAGUUAUUAUAACUAUAUAAUACAGCUUCAAAUUAUGUACCAGACAAGACAGGAGUUCGCGCCUCAUUAUCUUAUUGCCUGUGCAUGUUGCUGUGGUGCUGCGUCCGUGGUUUGAGAGGAGGUGUACCGUUGACCUUUAAUCUUAAGUUUUCAUCAUAUAUAGGUUGACCGGACAAUCCUACUUUGAAACUUUGCAUGUUAUGACUGGCCUAAGAAUAGUGUUCUCUUGACUCCAUUUAGUUAUGACCACAUUAUUAUUUUUACCGAUGGAUACUUUGAUUUGUGAAAGGGUGGACCAUCCCUACGUUUUAUCUGUGGUGUUGCGCACACCAAUGAAGAAAUUGACGAGCUCUGAAUUAUAUCUACC